UCAUACUAAACGCCCUCGCACCCUAACCCGAAAAUAGAAUAGAUUUUCCGGGAUUAUCACGAGGGCUUCCGACGAGCCCGUGAAAAGUUACUCGGGAGAGAUUUGUUUAUCGGCGACAAACGUUUUGUGCUCCUUCCCAAUUUCAAACAGUUUUAACUGUUUCCAUCUUCUUCAUUUUAAUCUUGCAACGUCAUUUACAAAGAGUCUCACACUUUAGAAUUGUGAUGUCUGAUUACAUCUACUUUUAGUAAAAGGAAAAAGUGCAAAAGACCAAGAAACGACCAAGUUGCACGAUUCGUUCAAUUGGCGCCAGUUCACGGUUAUUUGCUGUGUUUUACUACUAUCAGUGCUUUUGUCCGCUUAGAAAAAGAUUAAGACAAUCCAAGAUGGCUGGAAAAUCCAUCCCGUUCCCUCUCAAAGACAUCAAGUCCGUUGUUGAAGUCUUCCGCCAGGAACUGAGAAAUGAUCAACCUAAUCUUGCACAGUUAUCCAUCGUUCUUGGUUUCUUCGAAAGUGCUUCCACUAUGAAGGCAGGGGAUACGACUUCUACUCCAAGCCUAGACGAGGAGACAUUUGAUGCUCUUCAUUGCAAGUUUAUGGCUCUUCUUCAACGCGAUUUCACGUUUAAUGCGGGAGGGUUGCCUGCUACAAGGGAGAUAGUAAAAAAUGUAGCGGACCUGGUUUGGGGAUGUCUGGCAAAAUCCUACUUCAAAGACAGACCUCAUAUUCAAAAUCUUUACAGCUUUCUUACUGGGAAUCGCCUGGACUGUUUUGGUGUUGCCUUUGCUGUGGUUGCCAUGUGCCAAGCUCUAGGUUAUAAUGACGUCCACCUUGCGCUGUCAGAGGACCAUGCCUGGGUGGUAUUUGGCAAAGAUAAGAUAGAGACGGCGGAGGUAACCUGGCAUGGUAAAGGGAAUGAGGACAAGCGAGGAAAGCCUGUGAUAUACCAAGAUGAUGACAGAUGCAGUUGGCUCUACCUUAAUGGCAAUGCUGUGCACUGUACUAGACACAUGGAGGUUGCCUCAAUUAUAUCAUCUAUCAACCCUAAUAUCAACCACACCACAGAUAGCAUUCAGCUUUCACAACUGCAACAGGAACUGCUUUGGCUGUUGUAUGACAUGGGACACAUCAAGACGUACCCCAUGGCUAUUGCAAAUCUUGGUGACUUAGAGGAGAUUUCACCAACACCUGGUAGGCCACCUGCGGAGGAGCUGUUUAAGGAGGCCAUUACUGUUGCCAAGCGAGAGUAUUCAGACCACCAUAUCUAUCCAUACACUUAUUUGGGCGGCUACUACUAUCGCAAGAAGAAGUACUACGAAGCCAUUGCAUCAUGGGUGGAUGCUGGUUAUGUGGCUGGCAAGUAUAACUACUCAAAGGAUGAUGAAGAGAUGUACAAAGAGUUCCAUGAGAUCGCUAAUGACCUGAUCCCUAACAUCCUAAAGGAUGCAGUAGCAAAAGCAGAUCCUAGUGGAACAGGGAGCACCAACCUCACGAGCGACCCAAAGUUCUUUGCACUCGUGUUACAAUUCUAUGAUGGAAUCUGUCUAUGGGAGGAAGGCAGCCCGACUCCUGUCCUACAUGCUGAUUGGGCUAAAAAGCUGGUGCAGUCCAUUGGGAAGUUUGCGCCAGAGUGCAGGUCAGCAUUUAAUGCGAACACAGAUGACGCAGAAAGUGCAGGCACUGCAGAAUUCGGGUCUAAAGAGUCUAAACCUACAUUAAGCUUGCGUAGUGCUAAGAUGAGAGAAAUGAAGAACUUGAUUACAACAUCUGGAAAACUUAAUACCAGUGCUAUGAAGCUCCAGUUGACUGCACAGUCCCAGGUUAACGUGCCAAAAAGCCGGCGAAGGUCCACGCUGAAAACUGCUGACUACCUCUAUGAUUACGACGAAGAGAUCAAAGCUGAAGGUGUUCCAGGGGAAGAAGAAGAAGAUGAAAUAUUCCACACACGAAAACGCAAAAAGACACGGGAUGAAGACAGAAACUGGAAUGCUGCAGCGAUUGUUUAAUCGCUAUCUUUAAAAGCUAGGUCAUGUAUAUUUUAGGAUUGGUUCGAAUCCAUAGCCAGUACAAAGCCCCCCCCCCCCUCUGGCAUCAUUGGCAUACCUUUAAACACCAAGAUUUGAAUACUUGUUAUAUUUAUCCCCUAACUGAGAGAGGUGUGUGAUACUAACUAAACCUUAGUGAUAGGUGUUUGUUUUAACCAACACAAUUCAUCUUGUGUAGAAAGAGUUGUGGCUUUACCAACAUAUCCUGAUAUUUUUAUUACAAGAGUGUAAUCAGUAACAUAGCUGUGUAGGUUUCGGUAGCGAAACAAAGUUCAGGUAUACCCCACUUGUGGCAUUUGUCUAGUUUUGGUAUGCUGGUCCCUUAAAAGUUUUUAUUUUUAUUCUAGUGCAUCCUAAACGUCAAAAGGGUACUUGUUAUUAUAUAAACAGAUAAAUACUACUCAUUUCAAAUUAUAAUGACGUGACAGUUUAUUCAAGUAAUGUUGAAGAAGUCUUUGAUACGCU